CAUGGGUUGCAAGUACAAGGAAUCUGUCAUGGUGUGCAGGUGAUAUAAAAAUAUAUAUAUAUAAAAAAAAAAAAACUAAUAAAAACAUUACAAAUAAAAUAAAGACAUUCACUAUACAAUUUGUGCAUGAUAUGUAACAGUGAGGCAGUGCAAAUAGUAAUAUUUUUAAAAUAAGUCUUAAGGUGUAGGUUGCAGUAUAGUAGUCUUUGUUGUCUGUGUGAAUGUAACGCAUAUGAAAUAACCGAGUGGUGGGUGGGUGUUGGGGGUAACAGCGCAGACCACACACAGACCAUCACAGCUCGUCCUGGCAUUCACCCAAAUCAAUACAUUCUUAUUUACUAUAUCACCUCCACCCACACCCCCACACUCCACCUGCCUCCACUUGUUAUUCCAGGCUGCGCCACUGUGAAGAUGGUCAGAAGUGUUUGUAAACGCCAUGAUAAAAACACUGCUUUCACGGUAGGCGGUUUGAUCCCAUGGCUGUUCAGACACUGGAACUGCAAGCUUGCAAUCUGCUCAUUUCUUUUCUGGCGUUUGGUCAGAUCUGAUCAGAGCUCUGCGGUAUUCUGCUGAUCAGCGGCUCUUAAAGCUGUUUAUUUGCCGCAGCCGCCGGUUCUGGUGUGCGCUUCUGGUCUGCGUCGUGACUACACGCUGAACGUCUGCACACAUUCUGUUGCACUAGUGGGCAGAAACCCGAGACAUCUUACUGGUUCGUCACCAUGACAGACACUGUGAUAGGCAUGAGUGAUGCCCACUCUCCACCAAGAUCUGACCACAGUUCAGAACUGACUGAUGAAGAGAAGGAGAUCAUUAACAAUGUGAUCCUUAGAGCUGAGAAAAUUGAGGCAAUGGAGCAAGAGAGAAUUGGGCGUCUAAUGAAUCGUUUGGACAGCAUGAAGAAGACUGUGUGUGGAAAUGGGGUAUCCCACUGCUUGUUGUGUGGAGAGCAGUUAAGUGCUCUAGGAGUCCAAUCUGUGGUCUGUGAAGACUGUAAAAAGAACAUGUGCACCAAAUGUGGCGUUCAGGUUAACAGCCGACCACAGUCUGUAUGGCUGUGCAAGAUCUGUAGUGAACAGCGUGAGGUAUGGAAGCGAUCUGGGGCCUGGUUCUUUAAAGGCCUCCCUAAACAGUUUUUGCCUUUGCCAAUGCCAACAACCAAGUGUAAAGAACCUAAUUCUGAGAAAAUACAUAAGAACCAAGCUUCUCUUGCCACAUGUGUAUCUGCUGCCCAGCCUCAAGUACAGGCUAAAGCCCCAGAUUUGGCAGGUUAUCCAACAAUUGCUCCCAAGCCGUUUGUGCCUCCAAAGCCUGCAAAUAUUGUUGGUACCUGUCAUACAGACAGAUCUGCUGUGAUAAAACCUCCCCCAUCCACUUCUGUCUGUACAGCUCAAGAAAAGAAAGGAACCCUCAUGGGAAAUGGUUUGCAAGGGAAAGUGCAAACUGGGGAAAAUAGUGAUCUUACCAACUUCAGUCUGGCACCUGCUCGUCAACAGAACUCUGUAAGAGAGGAAGAUGAGGAUGAGCUCAACAGUUAUGACUCUGAUGAAACCACAACGCUCGGAUCUCUCGAGUUCAGCUUGCUUUAUGAGCAAGAGAAUAGCAGCAUUCAGUGCAACAUUAUAAGAGCCAAGGGUUUGAAGCCAAUGGACUCCAAUGGACUAGCCGAUCCCUAUGUCAAGCUGCAUCUGCUACCUGGUGCAAGCAAGUCGAAUAAGUUACGCACCAAGACUCUCCGCAACACCCGUAACCCCAACUGGAAUGAGACAUUGGUGUACCAUGGCUUGACAGAUGAAGACAUACAGCGCAAAACUCUUAGAAUCUCUGUCUGUGAUGAAGACAAGUUUGGUCACAAUGAAUUUAUUGGGGAGACCAGAGUUGCUCUGAAGAAACUCAAACAGAAUCAGAAAAAAAAAUUCAAUGUUUGUUUGGAGAGAGUGGUCCUGACAAAGAAGACUGCAGCUGCUAGUGCAAGAGGAAUAUCCCUUUACGAGGAAGAGCCUGCAAAGGAUGGAGCAGAAAUAGAGGAAAGAGGUCGUAUUCUGAUAUCCUUAACGUAUAGCAGCAAUCAGGGUCGACUUCUUGUUGGUAUAAUACGAUGUGUUCACCUAGCACCCAUGGAUGCCAAUGGCUAUUCUGACCCAUUUGUCAAAAUAUGCCUAAAGCCGGACAUGGGGAAGAAGGCUAAGAACAAGACCCACAUUAAGAAGAAAACUCUAAACCCUGAGUUCAAUGAAGAAUUCAGCUAUGAAAUAAAACAUGCUGAAUUGGCCAAGAAGACUUUAGAUAUCUCGGUCUGGGAUUACGAUAUUGGCAAAUCUAAUGAUUACAUUGAAAAAUAAUCUGGAUUCUGUUUCCCUCAUGAUCAAAGUGGCAAAUGUUUUAUUAGUAAGCUAAAUAUGUUUUCACAAUGUGCCACUCCACAUCUUAUAACUGCCUAGUUUGACACUUGAGUAUAUUCUCUUGUCAAAUAUAGCAGAUACUUUACCAGAGUGUCAUGUGUGAUGUGAUGUGGUACUACCACUGUCAGCUCCUAUUCUCUACCUGACAACAUCUGGGACAGCAUUUACAGAUUAUAGCUAUCCCGUGCAGUUUAGAAUGUGAAAUACAACUUUUCCUAAAUGUGUGCCAGAUUCCUUUUUGUUCUCUGUUUUUUCCUCUUUUCCAUCCAUAUUGAGUGUAGCCAUUACUUUACAUUAUUUUUUUAUUGGAGUAUUGACUGUAAAUUUUCUUAAUUUUAGUAUUGACUGUCAGUUGCCAUGUCACCAGCCAUGUCUUAUCCUGAGGUCAGAAUCUACUUGUACACUGCCAUCCAAUUGUAGACUUUUUUAACCUACCUGCCUUCAAUCAGCAUUCAUGCAGCCAGUGCCCAAAUCUGCUACAGUCCGAUGAUAACUAUCCAGGGUCCUGCUAUCAGCCAUCAUUGGGCAUCCCUCCCCAUUGAUUCAUUUGCAUUGAAUGGGUCGGCUAUGCAAAUUCUUACUUGCUGAUUAUGACUAGCACCCAAACCACAAUACAAUGCCCAGCAACCUCAGAGACCAUCACAUCCACAUUUACCCACUUUUUACUUACACAUACCAAUUAUGACAACACAGUGCAUAACACCUAACCCAACAAACAUUUAUUUUAAAUUAUAUUCUUUGUGUUGCACACUGAGCCUUUUAAUUUUUAAAGACUUCAAAGGUCCUAUUUUGGAUUGCUUUUAUCUCACAUUUUGGAUCACCCUGCAAGUUUGCUGAAUAAAGCCAUUGUUUACUUGUA